GUUUCCCGCAGAGAAGAUUCCAAUACAGCUGCGCUGCAGAGUGUUCUUAAUAUUCUGUGAUAGGGAACAAUGUGGACACAGCCAAUGACUAUGGAUAAUGAAGACUUGACCGUGUUAGACUCCGUACGGAGUAUAUCUCCAACCAAGGCUAAUAAUCUAUGUAGUGUACCAAUAUUCUUUCCUUUCUUUCUCCGUCUCCUGUUGUUCCCCCAGCCCCUCUCUUUCUUUUCCGGCCUAAAAGGGAAUUGAAAAGGGGGACGGGCAUGCCCGGCGACUUACCCCUUUACUAGCCCGAAAGCUAGCCAGCUAGUGGCAGGAUUGACAAUCUACUUUAGUUGAUGAACUAAAUAAUGCGAUGAAGGAGGAGAUAACUUAUUUAGUAGAAUAAAU